GAGAGCAAAGACAUCUGAAAGCUCUCAACUGCCCAUGCUCCAAGCUGCCUUGGAAGCAAGCCUGUUCGAGCAUAGAAGUCCUUUACCUUCUGUGCCUCUACUAAUGGCCCCUGUGACAUUCUCCUGAAGGGGCUGUGUGACGUAGUGGCAGAAGAAGCCUGUUCUCUUCCACUGUCUCAAGAAUGGCAAACUGCUGAGUGGUGAGAGUAUUUAGCCCUGAUAGAGCACAAAAUAUCAAAGGUCUCGAAUUUGCUCAGCUUCUGCCAUCUCAGAUACAAUUCUCUAUACCCCCACUCUGCCAUACAGUUACCAGAGCUUUGGAAGGAUAAAGUCAUUAUUUAGCACAAGUUUUUAUUUUUAAUCUUAGUAGAGAUGGAGUGCACACAAAUUCAUAUUGAAAUCAAAGAUUUCAUAUUUCCGAAAGGGACAAUGUAGAUUUAUGGCUGGCUAAGUGCUGAACACUUCUAAAAUCUCACUAUGAAUACUGAAACUUUUGUCUGAUGUGCUACUACACAAAUCCCUUGGCCCUGUGGCAGCUCCUGUUCUGGUUAAUGAGGAUUAUACUUCCCAACUUCCCAUGGAUUCAUUAUUGUUUUUACAGUUACUGAACAGUUACCAUUUUUGCUCUGGCUUGAAGCUUUUUAAAUAAGUCAUCAGGGCAGCUGUACUGCAAGACCAAGACAGGGAGCCGGAUAAGUGGAAGGAGGUUUGAAGGAUUUAGCUGUUGAACCAGAUUUUAAAUGGAUAUUUUCUGACUAAGGUAUCAAGCACGUCUCAGAUUCAUAUGGCCAAGUGGUGCCAAAGCUGAUGUUCUUUGGUGUCCCAAGGAACAGGGCUAGAGUCUCACAGCUAUGUUGCUUUUUCAGAUAAGAAAGUAGGGGAGAAAAAAAAAUAACAGAUGAAGCAAUACAAAAGGGUUAAGAAGUAUUUGUUAAAGCUAAAACCUGUUAGAUGCCACAGCUUAGAUGUUAUGCUGUGUUAGGACAAGAAACAGAAAAAUAACUUAUUGGCGCAGCAGGAAAAUAUGCAAUUGAUCUGUUUGAUCAUUCUUACAAAAUAAUGCUUCUUUUUACUGUUUGACAGAGUAUCUACACAGGAGUGAUUUCAAAAUAUUUAAUUGUAGGGGAGCUUACUCUGCAGUAGCUGUUCUGGUUAAUUUCCCCUUAGAGAAAAUUUCCUUAAUGAUCAGAGCUAAAGAAAUUAAAAUGCGUGUAAUUUCAAUUGAAAAUUAAGAAUACUUUGAACUUUAUAGAUGUAACAAAUGUCUGUCACCUUAGUUGCCAAGUAGUCAGCACUGAAAAAGGCAAAUUCUGUAGAGUGGUAGUAGUAUGGAACUACUUGCUCUUACUGCAUUCAUGCAUGUUAGCAACGGUGGUGUCCAUUAUUUUCAGUAAUAAAAAUUAAAAACAAACAAACAAACAAACAAAAAAACCUCUUUAAGUAAAUGACUUGUAUAAUGCCCAGAAAGUUGCUGGACUGUAGCUUUUGUGGUAUCCAGCAGGAGCAAGCUCUGAAAGCCAGAAUCCUCAAGAGAGGGACAGUAUGUGAACCUUGCCUGCUGCUGCCCUUAGAAAGGUCACCCUCUGAAACUGGAAACAGUGUUUUGUCUUGACCUUUAAAUAUUACCUUUGAAUGUGAGAGAACUGGCUUUCAAAUUUCAGGCAGUCUGGGUUAAGAAAAAAAAAAUCAACAUGAAAAUGUGAGGGUAUGAACUUGUAAUUGUUGAGCAUUUGACGCAGCCUGGCUCGAGGACACUGUAGGACGUGAGGCCCCUGGAUUGCCAGUUUGAAUUGGCUGAGAUCAGCUGGAAUCAAAAGUUAGUCUCUGACUUCAUCUGGUUGAUGUGAGAGAAAUGCAUAGGUGGCCUCAUCAAGUUCUCAGUGCAGGAACCUAACAGUAUUAGCUGGCAUCUCCUACCAAUAGUUUACUUUCCAUUCAGGCCUUAGCAAAUCUAUUCCUAUCUAGGAGCUGUCUUUCCAGACUGACGUGCAGCAGUACAAAAAGUAUGGUAUCAGCAUUUUUGCCUUAUCUGUAGAGAUUCAAAUCCUGUUCCUGCAGUCUGGCUCCAUUGAUAUGCACUAAUACUUACAUAAAAUUAUUUAUCUGUUUAUCCCUCCUGGCAUUUCUGCUAUGAUUGCUAACAUUCAGAAACUUUAAACACAGCUGCAGUCACAGAUAUGUAACUUACAGAGAGGGCCUAGAUAAUGGAAUGGAGAGGCUCCAAGUUUGACAGUACUUGUUUUCAAAAUAAGCUGCUUCUCAACUAUUAAUUAAUCCACUUAAAGCACACUACAAUUAAAUACUUUGAUAACGUGAUGUGAAAAAUAUUUGCAGAAGCUUUUAAAACAACCCCCCACGAACCUCUUUCUGCAAACAGCGUGGAGAUUUGGCACUCUCUUGUAUCCUGAUUGUUUCUGUGACCACAAGGAACAAAUGCAUCCCUGAAUUACCUGGGUUUACAUCUGAUUAUUUUGAUCAACAUGGGUAAUGGUAUCUUUACCAACCUUUGCAUUUUGUAAUGCUUUGUAAUGGGGAUUUUAGCGUUUACCUGCGGUGUUGUGAAAUAACUAUUGCCCAAGGAGCUUUGAGAAACAGAGCGAGAACUGUGCCUCUGCUUUUUAUCUGAACGACGAGAGAGAAAAAAUACGCAGAAAGAGCCUUUACAUGUAAAAACAGUGGAAAAUAUUAUUAGCUACUUAAUUACUGCUAACUAAGAUUCAUGUUGACAGCACUGCUUUUGUGAUUCUUGGAUCCAAUCCUGGAAGCAAACGAGUAACCGCCAGCAGACAGGCACCGAAUGCUGCCCGAUGCGCUGCCCAUCGCUGGCACUGGGGCUGUGACGGCAGGGCCAGGCUGAGCGGCCUGAGCUGAGGCCUGGUGGUUUUGAAUUCCCCCACCUGAGAGGGGAGCAGUGUGGUGUGGGGAUGGCGGCGUGUUGGCUGCGGAAGUUUGGCUGCAGUUUGCCCUGCCUUCAGCUGGGUGCCCCACUGGCACGGGGUGGGGUGGGGUGUGGGAGCCCCACGUCCCGCUUUGGAACUCCAGAAGACAACUGUUGCCUGGCCAGAAACCAGCAAAUGGAAAAGCUGAGGAUUUAGUGCUUAAGUGAAACCUCCAGCGGCCGGGAGCACAGCGGUUAUAUCACAGCCAAUGGCGUGCGCGCUGGUCACAUGGUGCUGGUGGAACCUCAGGGAAGAGAAGUUGAGUCUCGGCGAACACAGCAGCUCAGUAACGCGCCGCAGCCGGAGCGAGCGGAGCCGGGGCGGGCGGACAGGCGGCGACCGGGGGCGGUGAGCCGCUGCCCGCUCCCUCCUCCCCGCAGGGUGCCCGGCGGGCCGGCGCUCUGCCUGGACCAUGCCGAUCCUCCUCUUCCUCAUAGACACGUCCGCCUCCAUGAACCAGCGGGCGUAUCUAGGCACCAGCUACCUGGACAUUGCCAAGGGCGCCGUGGAGAUCUUCAUGAAGCUGCGGGCCCGGGACCCGGCCAGCCGCGGCGACAGGUACAUGCUGGUUACCUUCGACGAGCCGCCCUACUGCAUCAAGGCUGGAUGGAAAGAAAAUCAUGCAACGUUUAUGAAUGAACUGAAAAAUCUGCAGGCGUCAGGACUGACAACCCUUGGUCAGGCACUCAGAUCAUCUUUUGACUUGUUAAAUCUCAAUAGAUUAGUGUCUGGAAUAGACAACUAUGGACAGGGAAGGAAUCCAUUUUUUCUUGAGCCAUCUAUUUUGAUUACCAUCACAGAUGGAAACAAACUGACGAAUACAGCUGGAGUUCAGGAGGAGCUUCAUCUUCCUUUGAAUUCUCCUUUGCCUGGAAGUGAACUAACCAAAGAACCAUUUCGUUGGGAUCAAAGACUGUUUGCUCUAGUGCUGCGUUUGCCAGGAGCUGCAUCUGUUGAACCAGAGCAGCUUGGGAGUGUGCCUACUGAUGAAUCUGCUAUCACACAGAUGUGCGAAGUUACAGGAGGUCGUUCUUACUGUGUUCGGACACAAAGAAUGUUGAACCAGUGUUUAGAAUCUCUAGUUCAAAAAGUCCAAAGUGGAGUUGUUAUUAACUUUGAAAAGUCAGGACCAGACCCAGCUCCUAUUGGAGAAGAUGGACUUGUUGAUUCAUCCAGGCCCAUCAAUUCAUUUGCUUCUCAACCGUGGCAUAGUUGUCAUAAACUCAUUUAUGUACGGCCUAACCCCAAAACUGGUGUUCCUGUUGGGCAUUGGCCAAUCCCAGAAUCUUUUUGGCCUGAUCAGAAUUCACCAACACUGCCUCCACGCACAGCUCACCCUGUUGUGAGGUUCUCCUGUGUUGAUUGUGAGCCAAUGGUAAUAGACAAGCUUCCUUUUGACAAGUACGAGCUUGAACCUUCACCCUUAACGCAAUACAUCUUGGAACGAAAGUCUCCCCAUACCUGCUGGCAGGUAUUUGUGAGCGGCAGUGGAAAAUACAGCGAGCUUGGCCAUCCGUUUGGGUAUUUAAAAGCAAGCACUACUUUAACCUGUGUAAACCUCUUUGUGAUGCCUUACAACUAUCCUGUUUUGCUCCCACUGUUAGAUGACUUGUUUAAGGUUCACAAACUUAAGCCAAAUCUGAAGUGGAGACAGGCUUUUGACAACUACUUAAAAACAAUGCCUCCUUACUACAUACUGCCAUUAAAGAAAGCCCUAAGGAUGAUGGGAGCUCCAAAUCUGAUAUCAGAUAAUUUAGAUUGUGGACUUAGUUACAGUGUUAUCUCUUACCUUAAAAAACUCAGCCAACAGACAAAAAUAGAGUCGGAACGGAUAAUAGGUUCAGUGGGUAAGAAAGUUCCACAAGAAAUUGGAAUAAAAGUGAAAAAUCAUUCCAGUGGCCUCUCCUUGGUGCACAGUAGGGAUUUUAAGCAACUGCUUCAAGGUAUCACUGGGGAAUCUCCUCUGAGACUGGCGGAAAUGAAUGUUAAAGAAUUUGCUGGCUUCCACAUAGGACUCUUAAACAAGGAUUUGAAGCCACAGGCAUUCAGGAAUGCAUACGAUAUUCCUCGGCGCAGCCUUCUAGAUCAACUAACCAGGAUGAGAACCAAUCUUCUGAAAACACACAGGCACAUCGUGGGGCAGGAUGAAGACUGCCUUCACAGUGUUCCUGUUGCUCAAAUGGGGAAUUACCAGGAAUACUUGAAAAUGAUGCCUUCGCCCCUUCGAGAGAUUGAUCCAGAUCAGCCAAAAAGGCUUCAUACAUUUGGCAAUCCGUUCAAGCAGGAUAAGAAGGGUAUGAUGAUAGAUGAAGCAGAUGAAUUUGUUGCUGGGCCUCAGAAUAAGAUAAAGCGUCCUGGAGAGCCAAAUACUCCAGCAUCUCUAAAGAGAAGGCGUAGCAUGUCACCACUGUUGAGAAGGCCACAGUCACCACCAGUUGUAACAAAUCAUGUUGGUGGGAAAGGGCCGCCGUGUGCUUCUGGAUCCCUGGCACAUGUGAACCUCAAAGGUGUACCGACAAAUAAAGACACCACUAACAAUAUUGUCCAAGAUGGUAAUGGAGAGAAGAAAGCAGAAAACUGUCAAUUGCUGGAAAAACAAAUUGAUGGCAUAUCUGUACAACUGGCUCCCUCUGUUCCAGCUGCUAUGGGAGAUGAUGAAAUGUUACCCAACGACUUGGACUCUCUACCUGAUGAGUUCAAUUGUUUAAGUGAAGAUGGCUUGGAUCACAAAGCAGGCACCAAUGCACUUGUUCAAGGGCCUCUAAAUUACAGUGUGGCUGGAGAUGACCAAAAACGAGCGAUGGAGGCGGCUUCAGAAUCUGUGCCAAAUUCCUUUAAAAUAACACCUAUGAUGCUGGAGGGAAACAAUGCUGAUAUCAAAAUUAAAGUGAUGAAAGAGGUUCGCAAACCUGGAAGAAAUUAUGAAAAAAUCUUCUCUCUUCUUGAAGAGGUACAAGGACCUAUGGAAAUCCAGAAGUAUUUCAUUGAAUUUGCUAUCAAGGAAGCAGCAAGGUUUAAAAAACGUGUCUUAAUACAACACUUAGAGAGAAUACUAGAGGAACUAGAGUUCAGCAGCCUACCCAACAGAGUUAAUCAUGUCAACAGUAGAUAAUAGUUUACCAGCCAGACGAACACGGACCAGGAAUGAGUUUGCUGUGCCGCGGAAGAGUGGAAGAGAAUGCAGCUGUUGCCGUCACCAUCUUGGCAGUCAACUGAUUUUACUGUCAGAGUCUGAGAAGAAGCAGUGGAGCUUUAACUUUACAAACCUCUAUCGGCAGGAGCUGGGCUAUAACCUUAAGGAUUUGCUAUGAAAGGUGUGGCUUUUUUCCUGUGGAGGGUGCUAUUUGCUCGACAGGCUGAAGAAAAUAACCAUUGCUGCCCCUCCUGCAGGUGAUGAGAAUUUACUCAUUUGAACACUGUCAUUAGACAUUUACGUGCUGUAGGCAGCAGGUUGCACUAAAUGGGGCACUGUCAAAUGCACACACUGUCUGCAUCGUGGAGAGAGAUCCCAUGUGUUCCCCAAAAAUAAAAAAACCCUCCCAGAAACACCUGCACUGGUAAUAUUGCAUGUUGCCACCACAGAGACAAGGGUCUUGUUCCUGAGAACUACUAGCCAUGCCUUUAAACUUGAGAUUCAGUGUAGAUUGAGAGUAAAGAAACUGCUAUUGUGUUAAUGAAAGCUAAAGACAGCCCUGUGACUGUUACCACCUGAUGGUCACUAAACAAUCUACCUCAGACUCUCUUCUGUUUUGUCUGCAGACAUUAUGAAAGUGCACCUGAGGCUUCCCAGGUCCCCGACUUCAGUUCUCUUUCAUCCUGUGAGGAGGACGGAGAUUCUUCAGGUGGCCUUGGCACACGCUGUGCUUUGGAAGCACUAAAAGGAAACGCUUUUAAAAACGUGUAUUUUAAUGUUCAUACAAAAGAGAUUAUUUUGAACAGUAUUGUUACCAGAUCACUAAUUUGAUAUUUUAACUGUAUAAAUUUUUUGGAACAUAAUGUAUAUAUAAAAUAAACCAUUUUAUUAAUUUUUAAGAA